UAACAUGACAUUUCUGUUUCUAAUUAUUACCGCCAUACUUUGCAGUAUCAUGACGUCACUCAUCUGUGUAUUUUUAACAUGUGGGAUGUCAAAACAAAAAUUCCUCAGUCGUGCAGGCUACUCAAAAUCAUUGAGGUGAAGGAAAAGUAGGAAAUAACAAAUAUUUUUAGUUCAGAGAAUGUAACAGAGUCAACAGAAUGAAGUCUAAUAAUAUGUUUCGUGAUCACAUGAACUCUAUCUACAGUUGGUUUGAGAGCUGGAGUGAAUGUGAACAAACUGUAGCAUUAUAUUCUCUGUUAAUGAGAGCUACGACAACACAGUGUCGAUUCUUGUCACAAGUGCUAUCCCAGAGGAAUUAUAGUGAUAUCCUAGAGCUGGAGAAAGAAGCUAACCAAUCAGCUUAUAUUCACAAUUUGUGUAAUGAAAGUAAAGAAAGUGCUAUAUCUAAACUGUUGGCCCAUUGGCCACUUCUUCAUACAGGUAACAAUGAUGCCAAAAAGGAAUACUUAAGACUGAUUCCGAUUAUCUUGUCAUAUUCAAAGGAAAAUGGAAGUCACAUCGAAGACACUAGACAAUUAUUGUCAUAUUCAUUGAUUCAUCCAGCAUGCACUAGUGAGGAACGGUCACAAUUCACCAUGUGGAUUGGUCAGUUGGAGGAAAUAUUUACAUAUGGAAUCCAGCAACAACAGCAACAAAAUAGUGAAAAAUCUAGUGACACAAACUGUUGGCAAGAAAAACAUAGUCAUAGUGAAGAAAACCAUCACACAACUUUACAUGCUACAUAUUCUGCUCCUGCUAGAUAUCCUACAAAACCUCCAUUAACUCGUACUCAUGCACAAUUAACCAGAACAACAUCUUUAGUACCUCCACCUUCCACAUUAAAUGUUUCUAUCAAUGAAUGGUUAUCAUCUAGUGAUACACAGAUAAACCGUAUAGAGCAUGCCCCAUUAUCUCCACAGAGUAGUAUCACAUCAUCUGGUAGUAGUAGUGACACACAUCAGGAAGAUGGACCACAACCUACCCGUAACAGCUUUCUUGAAGGUCGAAGUGGUAUGAGAGAUGUUCCCAUGUGGUUGAAGUCUUUAAGGUUACAUAAGUAUGCCUAUCUUUUCCAACAAAUGACAUAUGAAGAAAUGAUGAAUUUGACAGAAGAAUGGCUGGAAACUCAGAAUGUAACCAAAGGUGCUAGAAACAAGAUUGUACUGAGUAUAACCAAGUUACAGGAAAGACAAGCUAGAUUGAGAGAUAUGGAAAAGGAAAUAAUGGAUGGUGCAUCUUUGAUAGAAGCUUUAAAUGAAAUGAAAUCCAUGUUAAAUAGUCCUCUGAAAGGAUUUAAUCAACAAUCAGAAAGUGACAAUUCUAUUGCUGUUAAUGACAUUCCUUCCCAGUUUACAAGGACAAUGGGAAAAGUUUGUACACAGCUGUCUGUCUGCAGUCAGCCAGAUGACCAGAGUUGUAAUUUGUACAUGAUACUGAUAGAAAAAUGUAUCAACCAUGAAGCUUUUACUGACAAACAGAAGAAGUUACUUGCUUCAUGGAAAUUACAAUUACAGAGAGUAUGGCAACCUCAAGGUUAUAGUAAAUAUGGUCAUGAUCGAAGAAAAAUAGGGUGGGGAAACACUUUCCCAAUGUCAACUAGAGGAGGAAUAGUGCAGAAACCAGUGAUUAGGCUACAAAAAUCUGGUCCCCAGUUUACUAUCGGUCCCAAAAGGUCUAUAGUAGGAGGGACAACCAGUGGACAUGCUCCAUUACAGAGAAACAGUUCAUUGAAUCCAGAUAUGUUCACACAGUCAUUUUUAUUAGAACAUGGAAAAGCUCCUGUCGCAAGAACAUAUUCAGCCCCGUUAAGAUCAGCAGCUAGCUACGGACUAACCAUGUCAAAUUUCGAACAAUCAUCAACAGACACUGCAGAGAAUUAUGCUCAGUUGGACUCGCUGUGUCUUAGUGUGACGGAACAUGCCUUAGGCAGUUUAGAUUUAAAUGACAGAAGUUAGUGUGGAAUGGCAAUCUUUUAGCAGGGUAAAACAGACCAGUGUUGAAAAACUCCAGCUCAAACGGUGGUUAUGGACACCUGGUGCUUGCCAUAUUUUAUCACUGUGUGAUGUGUAUAUAUGUUAUUACUGGACAAACACAGUUUUAAAGUUAUUUUAACUGUUGUUAAACAACUUGUAAUGAUAUGAUUAUGACCUGAAAUGUUUUUAAGAUGUGAAUGUUGCCAAAAAUUCAACAUAUAUAUGUCCCUUUUGUAAGGUUGUAUUGUGUAGAAAAUUGUCAUUGAUCUCAUGUGCCUUCCAAUUGAAACCAGUCUUUGUUAGAAAAUCAAAAUAUGCAUUGUUUACAAAACUGUCUAUUUUUACAUUUCUUACUUUAUCAUUCUGCUUUAUUGGUGCAAAACUAAAUCAUGAUUAAAAACAAAUGUGCUUUAUACAUUGCUCAACCAUGAACUUGAUGUUUGUAUCAGCAUUUUGCAGUGUCAAUCCAGUCACAUAUUAAAACCAUGUCGUUCCAUUUUUUGUUCAGUAUAAAGGUCAUUGAAGUGUAUAAAAUUAGAAAUAAUUAAACGAGGUUGGGUUCAUGUUUUGAGAAACACUAGAAAAAUAUGUACCAGCUUCUUAAGAGACAGUGCCAUGUUAUUAAAUAGAGAGAAGACUCUUUUAUAUGUAAUUACUUAAAAACAUGUGAGGAAACUAUAUGUAGGUCUGAUUUACGUGUAGAAAAUUAUCAGGAUUUUGCACUAUGUGCCCAUGUAUUUAGAAGUAGAUGUAUAAAAAAAAAUUAUAAUUACUGCAGACAAUAGGUGUAUAGCAGUGGACGUAAUAGUCCUCUGAGAGGAUUGUCCGAUUAUUUUCCUUAAGUUUUUUUAUUUAUGUUCAUAAAUUAUGUUUAUAGAAACCCUACAAAGCAUUCAAAAGCUAGUGUUCAGAGCUUUAAAGUAUAAAAAGGCAGAAAAUGGGCUCUGAUGAAAACCUUUUUUCCCCCUAUAUUUUUAAAAAUUCAUAAUUCCAAAAAGCUAUUCAUAUAAAUUAAAUGCAUUCCUGCAGAUUUAUAAAUUAAAUAUUUUAUUGUUGAAAAUAUUAUUUGGGUAAUUUAUGACAAGGGAAAACCUGAAUAAAAACUUUUUUGGGGGUUUAUUUUCAUCGGGGAAAACACGAA